AUGCCAGAAAAAAUGUUAUUUGUAAGCAUACUGAUAUCACAUGUUUCUGCUUGCCUGACGCAACCUGAUUUUUUUGACCGUCCACCUCCACCAGAUUGGUUUUUUCCAGGACCCCCACCACCGCCCAGACCAUGGGGACCGCCGCCACCGUGGCACCGGCGAGGCCCUCCUCCAUUUGGACCACCACCACCGUGGGGAAGGCCACCGCCACCAUGGAGACGUCCGCCUUGGCAUAGACGACCUUUAUGGGAUUUCCCUUUGCCUCCGCCUCCUCCAUCGCCAAAUCCACCACCACCGGAGCCACAGCAAGAUCAGCCACAAGUGAUGUUCAGUCAAGACAUCGAUAAAGUAGUCAACAGUGUAAACCAGAACACAGCGGCGUUUGAGCGACCCGGCGAAAGUUAUGACAAAGUUAUUCAAAUUAUGAGUUCUUACUUUAACCGGAAAUCAGGAUCACAAUAUGACAUGAAUGCAGUUAUUCCAUCUACUGGUAUCGCUACUAACGAAAUGGCAGCUAAUGGGAAAAUUGCAGCGAUUAUGUUUGAAAGUGAUAUGGCACUGACUGUAGCACAAAUGAACAAAGUUGCAAAAAAUGGUUUUCGCGUUAAACGAAAAAUGAAUCUCAACGGGACAACUUGGUCCAGGAAUAUUCCAUACCGCUUCCUAGGCACUGAUGCAAACUGGCAAACUCAAAUCACAAAUGCUCUAAGAUAUUAUGAGCGUAACAGUUGUAUACGGUUUUUGUUAAAUGGUGCAGGCUCUGAUUAUCUUGUUUUCAAUCAAGGAGAAGGAAUCAAUAGGCAAAACGCUAUAAAUGGAUUGGAAGGCCAGUUCGACAGACGUUCUUGGUCAGAAGUGAAUGAAUACAGUUUACCUUACGACUAUGGGUCCGUUAUGCAUUAUGGACCGAAAUCAUUCUCAAGAUCUUCCACACUGAAUACAGUGGAACCAACUGAUGCUGCAUUCAUUAGCACUAUUGGUAACCGGAUAGAGCCCUCAUUUCUUGAUCUCAAAUUAUUAAACACUGCGUUUUGUUCAAAUAUCUGCACAAAUAAAAUCAACUGCCAGCACGGCGGAUACCCAGACCCCAACAAUUGCGGGCAAUGUAAAUGUCCCUCUGGAUUGGAGGGAAUUUAUUGUGAACGAUUACAAACUUCCAACUGUGGAGUUGAACUACCCAGAGCUAAUUACACGUGGAGAAAUAUUUCAUAUUCCGGAUCGUCAGAUUGUUAUUGGAGAAUUGUUGCUGCUAAUGGAGGAAAUGUGCGUUUUGAAAUCACAUACGUCAUGUACAGAUGCUCUCCGGUCUGUGAAGAAUUUGUUGAGAUCAAAGCAGAAUACACACACGAAGCAACUGGGUACCGACAGUGUUGUAGAGCAGUACUUGGGGAAAGAAUAAGCAAGGGAAAUAGUGUUUUGAUUAUUUCGAAGGCAACUCAGAAUUCUCAAUUUGUGUUGAGAUACAGAGCAGAUGGAAAUGCUCCAGCGCCAAGGCCGGCUCCAGCGCCUAGACCUGCUCCGAUGAGAGUACCACCACCAAGAAGUUUCUCACUCCAGUGGUCUGGCUGGACGGGUUGCUCUGAAAACUGUGGGUCCUGUGGAACACAGUUCCGCACUCGGUGCACAAGUGCAACGGACUGCUCAAGACCCGUUCGUCAGACUAGAGUGUGUAACACCCAACCAUGUGCUCAAGGAGCGACACGAGGCAAACGCAGUGUUCUGGAAGAGCAAAUUGCGCCACGUGUCAAACGUUACGGAGAAUGGUGCUGCGCUCGAUUCGUUCUGUCUCGAGGAGUUUGUGUUCCAGUUCGCAAUGGGUAG